ACGGCUGCACGUUUCUCUCCUUGCUCUCUGAACUUGAAGUGUUGACGUUUUAUUUUUUUUCAGAGCAUCCUUUCCUUGUUAUUCGUGUUGAUUUCUUAUGUCAGUGAUUGUUUUUCAACGACGUUGAUGGAAUCCAACAUUAUCAUAAGAACAGAUUUGUUGUAAGUUGCUGGGUAAAGAACCCUAUGCUAACUAACUAGCUAGUAGCCCUCUCAGCUCAAAGCUUGUGAGUUAGGUUAGCUAACUAGCUAGCUAGCCGAGCACGAACUGAGCCUUGCUCUGGGGGCAGUGUGUGCCUGCAGUAGCUACCAUUUGAUGGAUCCAAGAAUCGCCUGGUUUCAGCCAGAACAGCGAGGACCCGCUAACAAUUUGUGGAUGCAGGUUUGGGAGACCACCCAAGGAUUUGGGAAUUUGUACAUCAAUAACAACUAUAGCACGGGUUCAAGCACAUCGAGUCAGAGUCCUAAAUUGAAUAGCAACAGUGCAUCGAAUAACGUGAUCACGGCCGACAACGGGGCUCCCGUCAACGCAGUUGUUAGCAGUAGCAGUGAGCCCAAGAGUCAGGGGAUGUCUAGCACAAGGACCGACAGUGAAAUUGUGGAACAGCGGGACUUUAUACCUUUGGAAACAAAUAAUAACCACAACAACCGAGCAGCGGGGAGGGGCGGUGGAGGGGGGCAAGUGGGUGGUGGGGUUCCUGGGAUGUGGAGGGGGGGCUCGGAUCUCGCAGGGCACCGCAACAAGAGAAAAAGAGAUAAUAAGGCAAGCACUUAUGGAUUCAACAGAAGUCUCUUACUCAAUGGCUCUGGGACGGAUGAAAUAGGGGACUUCAGCGGUUACACGGGUACGCCGUGGAAAACUCGGAACUACCCCGAGGGGAUUGUGGGGUUGCAUGAAGAGAUUAAGGACUUCUACGAGUACAUGUCUCCGCGGCCGGAGGAGGAACGCAUGAGAAUGGAAGUGGUGGACAGGAUCCAGAGAGUCAUCAAAGACCUGUGGCCCAGCGCCGACGUUAAAGUGUUUGGGAGUUUCAGCACAGGCUUGUAUUUGCCCACCAGCGAUAUUGACCUGGUGGUGUUUGGGAAUUGGGACACCCUUCCUCUCUGGACUCUUGAAGAAGCUUUGCGCAAGAGGAAAGUGGCGGACGAAAACUCGGUCAAAGUGCUGGACAAGGCCACGGUACCCAUUAUUAAACUGACGGACUCCUACACAGAGGUGAAAGUGGACAUCAGCUUCAACGUCCAGAGCGGUGUACGAGCAGCUAAUCUCAUCAAAGAGUUCAAAAAGCAAUACCCAGUGCUUCCCUACCUGGUCCUGGUAUUAAAGCAGUUCUUGCUGCAGAGGGACCUGAAUGAAGUUUUCACUGGAGGGAUUGGGUCGUACAGUCUCUUCCUUAUGGCCGUGAGCUUCCUUCAGUUGCACUACAGAGAAGACGCGUGCGAUCCAAACACCAACAUCGGGGUCCUGCUCAUCGAGUUCUUUGAGCUGUACGGGAGGAACUUUAACUACCUGAAGACGGGCAUCCGGAUUAAAGACGGCGGCUCCUACGUGGCUAAAGACGAGGUACAGAAGAGCAUGCUGGACGGGUACCGCCCCUCAAUGCUGUACAUCGAGGACCCGCUGCAACCAGGUAAUGACGUGGGCCGCAGCUCGUAUGGCGCGAUGCAGGUGAAACAGGCAUUUGAUUACGCAUACACGGUGCUAAGCCACGCUGUGUCACCCAUCGCCAAAUAUUACCCCAACAAUGAAUCUGAGAGCAUACUGGGCAGAAUAAUUCGCGUGACCCAGGAGGUGGCAGAGUACCGGGACUGGAUCAGUAAGCACUGGGGAGGGCAGUCUCACAACGACCCUGCCUUCAACGGAAAUGAUGUCACUCUCCACUCUUUGGUGGAGCCUCAGCAGCUGGAUGAGUGUAAUAAUAAUCUGGGAGAGGAAGUGGUGGUUCUGCCACCUGUCUCUCACAGCAAAGCUUCUUCCAACUCUUCCUCUCCCCCACCUUCAUCGCCAUCUUCAUCAGCGCCUGCCUCACCAUCACCCUCCUCCACUGCCUCCAGCUCCAGCGACGCUGAUUCUGACGGAACGCCGUGUAAAACAGUGAAGCAGCUGGGUGGGCGGGGCUCCGGUGCCCACAGAGAGAGCUCCGAGAGGGGCCUGACCAAUCACAGAGCGCAGAACCACUCCAGCAGUUCACACAUGUCUACCAACAAGGGCAACAAGACCAGACAGAUGUAUGCACGGAAAAACGGUCAAGGUCAGCAGAACAAUUCGUCCAGCAGCAAGAGCCACCAAAGCACUAAGCCCCAUCAUCAAGGCAAUGGCAAAAAGAGGAAACCACAGCGGGAGGUGGUGCAUGAUGAGCUGUGCAGAUAGGAGGCGCACUUCUCUCUGCAAGAAGACUGUCUGACUCACCCCAGACCUGCAGGGGGCGACAGUAGUCUUAGGACCUCUUUUUGUCCUUUGCGACGGGAUGUAUGACUUUUUUUUAUAGCAGAAAAAAAGAACACAAAAAAAAGAAAAAGAAAAUAACAAAAAUCGGGGCUGAGUUUAUGGGUGGGGAUGGAAAUCAUGCUGGAGAGCUACCAGUCCCCUUCUCCCACAUGUCUGUACUGCCUCUGUUAGCCUUGCAGUGGAGCUGUACUCUCUCCUACUUACUGUAUUGUGCCCCCAGUGGUGGGAGGACCGGAAGGUGACUACUGGAGAGAGACUGUGUUUUACAGAGCAAUACCAGGAGCCCUGAACUCAUGCCUCACUGACAAACCUCACGGAAAAAAUAAAAUAACAAAAAAAAAAGUAUAAAAGACAUAAUAUACCACAUGUCAUAUGGAAGAAAAAAAAAAAACUGAAAAGAUUUUUAAACCAGAAAAACUUACAAAAAUGCAAUCAGUGAGACUGGGGACAUAAAUUAUGCAUGAAGCUUUGUUUCUUUCGUUUUGAGAAGUGAA